AUGAUUAAUUUGGUUGCUCCUUCCGAUGGAACGUUCACAGCUCGUGAACUAUUUUCAUACCACGAAACUCCGACUGCUGAAGUAUACACCGACAAGAACGUGGUUGUUCAUUGUGAAGACCCGAAGAAAGUCGGAUCUCAUUAUCACUGUGCUACAGUCGAAGGGAAGUGCACCAUAAUGAACAAAGGGAACUGCAAUGUUGCUGUCAAAGUGGCCCCGCGCUGA